AUGGCGCCAAUGAAACAGGAUAAUCUUUUUAGUAGUAGUAGUAAUUACUACGGCGAGGACGUCGUCGCUUCGCCUCCCCACCAGAUGGAGGCCGUCGACAUCCUCGCCAGCUGCUACCUUGUUUCCAACUACCCGGGGGCCCAGCUCAAGGGCCUCCACUACUGCACUACCGGCGUCACAGGGGCCGAGUGGUAUUCCUGA